GUGCUUACAUACAAAGAGCUAGAGAUAUAUAUAUUUAUCGAGAGAUCAGAUACAUAUAUAAAUAAAUGGGGUUUUUCAAGCUAUCCCAAGCUUUUUUCAGCUUAGCCACGCUGGGUUUUCUUCUCUUUUUGUUCUUGAGAUUGUUAUUCUCUUGCUGGAUUCUGCCCAUUCGAGCUUACCGCAAGAUUAAGCGGAAUGGGUUUGGAGGUCCAACUCCUAGUUUUCCACUGGGAAAUAUCGGAGAGAUGAAAAACAAUAGUAAAAACAUUAAUGAUUCUUCACUUCAAUCCUCUGGUAUUUCCCAUGAUAUACACUCCACUGUGUUUCCAUACUUUGCUCGGUGGCAAAAAUCUCAUGGAAAAGUGUUCAUCUACUGGCUGGGAACGGAGCCAUUUUUAUAUAUUGCAGAGCCAGAGUUCCUUAAGAAAAUGUCAUCAGGAGUCCUGGGAAAGAGCUGGGGAAAACCUAAUGUGUUUAAACAUGAUAGAAAGCCUAUGUUCGGAAGUGGUUUAGUCAUGGUUGAAGGAGAUGAUUGGGUUCGUCAUCGCCAUGUUAUUACUCCCGCAUUCUCUCCAGCUAACUUGAAGGCUAUGGCAAGCUUGAUGGUGGAACCGGCCGCAAAGAUGCUAGACAGGUGGGCUACCCUAAUAAAUUCUGGUAAACCUGAAAUCGAUGUUGAAAGGGAAAUCACAAUAACGGCAGGGGAGAUCAUUGCAAGGACAAGCUUUGGGUUGAGCUACCAAAACGGGAGUAAAGUGUUUGAGAAAUUGAGAGCCAUGCAAAUCACACUUUUCAACUCAAACCGCUAUGUGGGUGUUCCUUUUAGCAAAUUGAUGUGCCCUAAGAAAAACCUAGAAGCCAAGAAACUGGGCAGAGAAAUUGACCAGCUCCUUUUAUCCAUCAUAGACGCUCGUAAGAAGUCUUGGGAUGGAUCCCCUCAGCGGGACUUGCUUGGGUUUUUGAUGGAAGGGAACCAUGUCGACGGACGGGUAGGUAAGAGCUUAAAUGCAAGGGAGCUUGUUGAUGAGUGCAAGACUUUCUUCUUUGGUGGCCACGAAACCACCGCAUUGGCACUCACCUGGACAUUGUUACAUUUGGCCAUGCAUCCACACUGGCAAAACCAAUUAAGGGAGGAAAUUAGAGAAGUGAUUGGUGAUGAAGAGAUCGAUUUCACCAGGCUUGCUGGCUUAAAGAAGAUGGGAUGGGUGAUGAAUGAGGUGCUAAGACUAUACUCACCAGCACCAAAUGCACAAAGGCAAGCAAGAGAAGAUAUAAAGGUGGAUGAUCUAGUUAUCCCUAAUGGAACCAACAUGUGGAUCGACGUUGUAGCCAUGCACCAUGAUCCAGCAAUAUGGGGUGAUGAUGUUAAUGAAUUCCGGCCGGAGAGGUUUAAGGAUGAUCAUCUAUACGGCGGGUGCAAGCACAAGAUGGGGUUCUUGCCUUUCGGGUUUGGAGGGAGGAUGUGUGUUGGAAGGAAUUUAACGAUGAUGGAAUACAAAGUUGUCUUAACCCUUAUGCUCACUAGGUUUUCCUUCUCCCUCUCUCCAAAUUAUCGCCAUUCACCUACUAUCUUGCUUUCGCUGAGGCCUAGAUAUGGGCUGCCCCUCAUAGUUCAACCCCUCUAGGCUCUUUUUUCUUCCCUUUUUUUUCCUAUGGUAUAAUCAGAUUAGAUUAGGAGGAUGAAGUUGAUUCUUAUACCUUAAUUAUAUAAAUAGUUACUAAAAUGAAAUCGAGUUUGUAGACCAAGUUCAUAUAUUCUCUUCGUUUCUCAUAUAUAUGCCAUGCAUAUACAAGGCGUUCAGGUGUUAUAUGUAUUAUAGUAAAUGGAAAUUAAUAAAAGUAUAAUUCAACUUCUCGGAA